AGACGGAGAUGGUAUCAAUGAGGAAUAUUUCUGUCUGGUAUUACAUUUUAGCAUUUGAGUCUCUGCUUUUUAGACUACAGUAAAGUUUAGAUAUACCUUAUUGUAAUUCUACUUUAUUUUAAUUUUAUUUUAUUUUAUGUACUUUUUCUAUCAUAAUUAUUGAAUAUUAUAAUGCCACUUCAAAUUUCCACUAAAGAAAAUAUUCGUAAACAUUUGGAGAACGUUUCUUUAAAAGAUAAGACUUCUCCAAAGAAAUUAUGUACUUUACCAAUUAUUUCUCAAGGCAAUAGUAGUAAAAAUGUGAUAAAUACAAAAGCUAUACAAAACAUGUAUUUGAAAGAAAAUAAAUUUAAUCCAGAAUUAGAGCCUUUAUUGAAAGAAAAUCCACGUAGAUUUGUUGUUUUUCCUAUUCAGUGGCCUGAUAUUUGGCAAAUGUAUAAAAAAGCUGAAGCAUCUUUUUGGACAGUAGAAGAAGUGGAUCUUUCUAAAGAUGUAUUUGAUUGGAAUAAUUUAACUGCCAGUGAAAAACAUUUUAUAUCUCAUGUCUUAGCAUUUUUUGCAGCUUCUGAUGGAAUUGUUAAUGAGAAUCUUGUUGAACGAUUUAGUCAAGAAGUACAAAUAACAGAGGCACGUUGUUUCUAUGGUUUUCAAGUUGCCAUGGAAAAUGUUCAUUCAGAAAUGUAUUCUUUGUUAAUUGAUACAUACAUUGCAGAUGCAAAAGAAAGAGACUUCUUAUUUAAUGCUAUUGAAAAUUUGCCAUGUGUUGCAAAAAAAGCUCAUUGGGCGUUAAAUUGGAUAAAUCAUGAAAGUGCUACUUUUCCUGAACGUGUAGUUGCUUUUGCUGCAGUAGAAGGUAUUUUCUUUAGUGGUAGUUUUGCCGCUAUUUUCUGGUUAAAAAAGAGAGGUCUUAUGCCAGGACUUACAUUUAGCAAUGAGCUUAUUUCUAGAGAUGAGGGAUUACAUUGUGAUUUUGCAUGUUUAAUGUUCAAACACAUUGUACAAAAACCAUCUUGUGAACGAGUCACAUCAAUUAUUAAAGAUGCUGUCAAAAUUGAACAAGAAUUUUUGACAGAUGCAUUACCUGUUGAAAUGAUAGGCAUGAAUUGUAAACUUAUGUGUCAAUAUAUCGAAUUUGUUGCAGAUAGAUUGCUUGUAGAAUUAGGUUGUAAAAAGAUAUAUAUGUCUGAAAAUCCGUUUGAUUUCAUGGAACAUAUUUCUUUAGAAGGUAAGACAAACUUCUUUGAAAAAAAAGUGGGAGAAUAUCAAAAAUGGGGAGUAAUGCAAGAUAGAAUUGAAAGCAAUUUUACUGUUAAUGCUGAAUUUUAAUUUAUAAGACAAAAAUAAUAGUAAACUAUUUUUUUCUUGAAAUGAAGAAUUACAUAAUUUUAAAUCUUUUGUUAUUUAUAUACAAAAUAAGAUCAUUUUAUUUAUAUUUUUUUCGAGACAAUAUUUUUUAUUAUUGUUUUGUUUCUUUUUUCAUUUAUUGAAUUGAAUUGAAGUGUACAUUAUAAAGACGAAGAUUGAUAAUUGUAAAAUUUAUUUUUCUCAAAUUUUUAUAUUUUGACAAUAAUAUGUAUGUAGAGAUAAAUAAUUGGACUUAUUUGUUUAUUAUAUUUAUUAAGUUAUAAAACUGUACAUUUAUUAUGACAUUAUUUUGCGUGUUAAUAUUUGUUAGAUAAGAAUAUUAGGAAUAUUAUUAAA